ACAACCCGUAGAGGGACGCGCUCAAGCGAUUUAGCAACUGGUUUUAUUUCAUCCUCAAAAACGAACAAGUGAAUAAAGCGCUUGCCAUCCACGAAAUCAAUCGUGAAUUGUGUUUCUCUGUGCUGACGUUUAUUUUCAGUAUCAAUGGCGCCAUACAGCCCCAUUUGGAAGUAUUUUUCUCGUUUAGAAAAUGGCACGUCUGCCGUUUGUGUGUUAUGUCGCAAGGUGAUAUCCUACUCGUCAUCUACAUCGAACCUGAAAAAGCAUUUGCUUAAAAAACAUGAGCAGGCUUACGACGAGAUGAAGAAACUUCCAGUGGGAAUUUACAAACCAUAUAACACUACCUUAAAAGCAGCUCUGGCGGCAUCCAAAACACGCAUAGGAGACCAGGAGAAAAAUCGAGUACAAACGAAACAUGGAACCUACGAAAAAUUAGAUAAAUCAUCUGGGCCUAGAAAAUCCAGUCCAUAUUGGAAUCAUUAUACUAUUCUCAAAAAUGGAGUUUCUGCAAACUGUCAUCACUGCGGCAAGGACAUUGCCUAUUCCGGAACAUCAGGAAGCAACUUGAAAAAACAUUUGGAGAGAAAACACCCCGAAGUUUACACAAACAUGGGAGACAAGUCAGAGGUUCAAGAAUCAUCUGACGAAACUGAAAAUGCUUCGAAAUUCAUGAUUGAUGAAGUACAACCUAUAUCUGAAGAAUACGUAAUAUCCGAAGAAACAUCAAACGAACAAGAAAAACCACCUUCCGAAGGAGAUGAAUCUGAAGGACCGGAAAGUGAGCAAAUAGAAGUCGAAAAGUAUCAUCUGAAAUGGGAUUCGUAUCAACAAAGCAUUAAUCUUUCAUUCUCGAAUCUGUAUAAGAGCGUUCGCUACGCCGAUGUUAUGCUAGUUACUUCCAACGGCGAAGAAAAUUAUACUAUACCUGCGCAUAAGCUGAUACUAGCAACUUCUAGUAUGUACUUUGCCAACAUCUUCGAUAAGACUACUAUUCCACCGAACGCUAUUACCUAUAUAGUUCUUCCUCCUGAUCUCACAUACGGCUCGAUUCAAGUAUUACUUCAAUACAUGUACACGGGCGAAUCGAUCGUGUCGAAUGGUAUUCUGGACGAAGUUUUUCACGGUGGCGAAAUACUGAAGAUUCGCGGACUAUGGGGAACCGACGUUAGAAAGCCAUCUGGUGCCGAAGGGCAUACGAGAGAAACGGUGACAAACGCUGCACAGACAUCUCCUUCUCCAUUGCAACACCAUCGGUCGCAAUGCGCCUCGGUGGUACGAGCAAAUCGCCAUUUCGACGACGAUCCACUCAGGACUCGGUCAAAAUCAUCACAAUUACAACAAUUACGAAAAAUCCGGAGUAAGCCAGCUUCCACUACGGCCGCAUCCCGCAACGUACACUUGCACAAGGGUACCAUAAUGAAAAGGCUACCAAGGACUGAGUCAAAUGAAAUUAUUGGUAUACCACACCAGCAGUUGAGUUCUAAGAACGCAAUGGUAGAAUCUGGCACGAGCAAGUAUGACGAAGAAGUAUGCAGCAGUGAACCAGCUUUUUCCAUAACAAUCGUUGGGACGGACGAAUAUCAAAUGCCAUCGACAUCCACCGAAGAGCCUGUAUCCCCUCCUCUGAAUUGCGAGCUGUGCAGUGCAUCUUUUACAAUGGCCAGUGAAUGGGUUCGACACGUUGAGAAUCACAGUGAAACGAUAGAAAUCUCACCGAAACGUCCACGGCGAACAGAAGAGAUAGCUGGAACCGAUGAAGUGGGACCAUUAAGGUGUGAUUUAUGCAAUACAUACUACAUAACACCGGCAGACUAUAUACGGCACGUACAGAGUAUGCACACGGAAAGAGAACUGACUUCACAAAAAAUUCGAGCCUUUCUAUCAAGGCGUAUUUCUCCGAAGACUCGAUGCUGUUGUUCAGCAGUGGCUAAUGAAGAGGAAGCAUCAGCAACAGGAGAACAAACGCGAAUUAUCUUCCACGAUCCUGAUUGUAAUGGCGAUGAGCUCCCGAAAUAGUUUUGAACAAAGGUGCGAGCUCCAGUGCACAAUGGAAUAAUUUUGAGAAUUAUUACGAAAUAUAAAUCAUGCUUACAAUUUCUAACGCAGACAUAACAAACAGUUGUUAUAAAACAUGAUAAUAGUUCUGUCGUCUUAUUCGUUUCGAAUUUAGGGUUCUGUUCGUAUACAAGUUAUCGAAAUCUACGAACUACAAACAUCUUUUUUGUGGAUGUGACAUUUUCAUACAAUUAACUCUUUAGCUAGUAAUAUUAUCGAAAUAAUAAGAUGAAUGUUAUUUGCUUGUUGAAACGUUUUUUUUAUCCAGUGAUCCAGCGUUAUUGAUUUAGUGACUACCUCUUCUGAUGAUUUCAAUGAAAUGUUUGGUUGGCGUUGAACAUUUCUGUU